AUGGCCAAAAGCGGCUUACACUGAGACCAAUUGCGGUCCGCUCUGAAGCUGUACUCCUAUAAAUAUCAUUACUUCCACCAGAUCCGACAUCAGAUGCCUCACAGCCAAACAUCCAACAAGAUGAAAACCUUCUGCCUGACCCUCGCUUUGUGCGCCUGCCUGGCCGCCGCGGAUGUGUCCCACCUGCAGCCCGGGAGCAGCUACCUUCCGCCUCCUCGUCCGGAGCACGCGGUGUCCAUGAGCAUCGAGCCGCAGGAGCUGCGUGAGCUGCCCGAACAGGUGGAGUACAUGCGUCUGAAUGAGCAGGGUCAGAUGGAGGCGAUGCCCAGCAGCCUGCUCACUCCCCCAGCUCCCGCGGAUCAGGAGGAAGAAGCCCAGCCCUCCACUCGCUACCUGCCACCUGCACCUGCUCCAGUUCCUCUUCCAGUCCAGAUGGAUGCUGAGCCCAUGAUGAUGGCCCAGAUGGAGAUGAUGGCUCCUGAGGAGGUUGUCAUGGAGAAGCUCCAGGAGCAGCCAGAGCCCGCCAAUCGUUACCUGCCCCCUGCACCCGUUUCCGAGGAGCAGUUGACCUACCAGCAGUACCAGGAGCAGAUGCAUCAGUUCCAGAUGCAGGAACAGCAGCAGCAGCAGCAGCAGCAGGAGGUUCAGCCCCAGGAGCAGCAGCCCCAGCAGUUCCAGGAUCAGCCAGCGGAGGAGGAGCAGCAGAUGCCCUACGUUCUGGAUGUCCAGCAGCCCAUGGCUCCAUCCGAUGUGGAGACCCAGGAGCAACUGGAGCCGGAGCCCGCCCACGAGCUCCGUGCUGAUGGCUAUCACUACAAACAGGCCGAGGAGCAGCGUCGUCUGCGUCAUUAA